UCUGAUUGUAUAUUUUUUGCUUGUCUUUGUAUUUAUGUGUGAUUUUGAGCUUUUAAAAUGAAGUUUUAUGAUUGUUUUUAACUACUUUGAUGUAAUAGGUAUUCGUAUAAGUGAUUAACUUUUCUCAUCUUCUUGAACUUUCUGAAUAUGACUGUAUACCUUUCGUAUAUGUGUUGUAUAUCUUUUAUGGGUCUUUGUAUUUUGUAUGUGAUUUUGAGCUUUUAAUUGAAGUUUUAUGAUUGUUUCUAUUGACUUUGAUGUACUAGGUAAUCUGUAAAAGUGAUUAACUUUUCUUAUCUUCUUGAGCUUUCUGAAUAUGACUGUAUAUCUGUUGUAUAUCUUUUAUGGGUCUUUGUAUUUUGUAUGUGAUUUGAGCUUUUAAUUGAAGUUUUAUGAUUGUUUCUAAUGACUUUGAUGUAAUAGGUAUUCUUAUAAGUGAUAAACUUUUCUCAUCUUCUUGAACUUUCUGAUUAUGACUGUAUAUUUUUGGUAUAUCUUUUAUGGGUCUUUGUAUUUGUGAGUGAUUAAAGCUUUUGCUUGAAGUUUUGUAAGUAAUAAUGAUUUUGAUAUAAUGGGUUUUAAUCUGUAAAGUGAUUAACUUUUCUCAUCUUCUUGCACUUUCUGAAUAUGACUAUAUCUUUUAUGGGUCUUUGUAUUUUAUAUGUGGUUUGAGCUAUUGCUUGAAGCUUUGGAAGUAAUAAUGAAUGUUUUUAACGACUUUGAUGUAAUUCUUGAAAGGGAUUAACUUUUCUCAUCUUCUUAUGCUUUCUAAUUUUGGCUGGAAAUGCAGGGGAAAUUGGAUUUGCAAAAUUUGUGAGUUAUUGUGUGAAGAAAGGCUGUGUUUUUGGAAGUCAAGUAGAUUGCACUUGUUUGAGCACAAAUCUUGGUUUUUUUUUAAGACAAGUUAUUGAGUAUCUGAAUGAAACGGGUCCAAUUGGAGAAGGGUGGUUUUGGAGGAUUCAUAGAACUGACCCCAACUAGCUUUUGGAUCGAGACAUAGUACGUGUUGUUGUUAUUGUUGUUCUAGAAAGGCUUUGAGUUUUGAGAUUUAGAGUUACCUUUGAGUUGACUUGUUAAAAUUUCGGAUAAUGAAAGAAGUUUUAGGAUAUUUCUGGUUUUCUUGAGCCGAGAGUCUACUGGAAACAGCCUAUCUAACCUCCUCCCAAACGUGGGGGUAAGGUCUGCGUACACCCCAUCCUCCUCAAACCCCACUUGUAGGAUCACACUAGGUAUGUUGUUGUAGGAAAGAUUGAGAUUUUUGAUCUGUCAUUGAAGUUUCAUUGAGUAAUAAGUAAAAAACCGGUGAAGAAUCUUGGAUUAGUGUGAAGUAUGAGCUGGAAUUGAAUGGAAAUGUGAUGUUUGGAAUGAAUUUCUAUGAUCAGGUCAUGUUGCUUUGGUUGAAUCUAUCGAAAGAAAUCAAUGUCAUAACAAUUUCGUAUGCUUGCACGCGCAUGCUGGAAAUUUGAUUUGUCAACAUCUAGUGGAGUUUCGGAUUGUGAUUUUAAUUUCAAGGGGUUGUGAUUUGGACUUGGAAUUUACUAUGGAUGAAGCUCCUUGUAGCGGCAAUGCGCUGCCUCCGUUUAUUGUGAAGACAUAUGAAAUGGUGGAUGAUCCCUCCACAGAUCCAAUAGUCUCUUGGAGUUCAACUAAUAAAAGCUUCAUUGUUUGGAAUCCUCCUGAUUUUGCAAGAGAUUUGUUGCCUAGAUACUUCAAGCACAAUAAUUUUUCCAGUUUUAUCCGGCAGCUAAACACUUACGGAUUCAGGAAAAUAGAUCCUGAACAAUGGGAAUUCGCAAACGAGGAUUUCCUUAGAGGUCAGCCACAUCUUCUGAAGAAUAUAUAUAGACGGAAACCUGUUCACAGUCAUUCUGCACAGAAUAUUCAAAACCUGUCAUCUGCAUUGACCGAAUCGGAAAGACAAGGGUAUAAGGAAGAUAUUGAAAAGUUGAAACAUGAGAAUGAAUUGCUUCAAUUAGAACUACAAGGACAUAAACAAGAUCAUCAAGGACUUGAAAUGCAAAUGAAGGUCUUUGCUGAAUGUGUCCAACAAACGAAAAACCGACAAAAGAACGUGUUAUCUACUUUAGCUCGAACCAUAAAUAAACCAGGAUUAGCUUUGAGUCUCAUGCCGCAGCUGGAAAUGAAUGAAAGAAAGAGAAAGAAAGCGAGUUCUUCUGAAGAUUCGACUAGGGAAAAUGUGGACCCCACUUAUCUUUUGACCGUCACCAAGGAACUGCUAGAUCAGUUGGAAUCCUCUUUGACCUUUUGGGAGUAUAUACUGUGUGAUAUUGAUCAAGCUGCAAUGAGACGGAGCUAUUCAUUGGACUUGGAUGAAUCUAUAAGUUGUGCCGACAGCCCUGCUAUAUCUUACCGACAACUAAAUGAUGAUGUUGGGUCUAAGAUUUCAGGUAUUGACAUGAAUUCUGAGCCUACCGGAAACGCUACUCCUGAUGUUACUCUACCAGAAGACCGAGUAGCAAUUGCUAAUAAUGUGCCAACAGGAGUAAAUGAUGUAUUCUGGGAACAAUUCCUAACUGAGAACCCUGGUUCUACUGAUGUAAAGCCGGAAAUGGAAGAUACGGAUAGCAAAAUAAGUGAAUCGAAGACAGUGGAGCAAGGGAAAUUUUGGUGGAACGUGAAGACUGUAAAUAGCCUUACAGAACAGUUGGGACAUCUUACUCCAGCGGAGAGAACGUAGCGCGGCAGGUUAUGUACUAUUUUUUAUAGUAAAUGUUUUUUUGCCUCUGGCUUGUUGUAAAUAUAUAGAAAGUGAUUUGUCCGAGUAGAUAGAAUUUGGGUAUAUUAAACUCCAUUUUUGUUUUUACCUUAAUGGACAUGACAUGAUAAAGUGAAUGAUAGGUGACCUCUUUCUUCUCUUCACAUACAUUUAUAGUAAGUAAAUUUGUACAUUAAAUAUU